ACGUAGUUCAGGUUUGUGACAAGUCAGCGCUGGAGAUCUAAUCAAAGUAUAUAUGAACUGCUUGCCGCGCAGAUAGUCCAGUUGAAUUUUGUUUCUGCUUGCAGCUGAGCGUCAGCAUGGAAGGCUUAAUUAAGAAAAUUAUUUUCCUUUUCUUGACGCCAGAAUGUUUCGACGAGUAUUUUGUAAAUUUCAAUUUUUUUCAUGUACCAUGCUUGAAGGCAACAAUAAGCAAAGCCCUCGGGUUGGUCAUAAUCGCCGGAUCAGUUAUGGUGAAAGUUCCGCAGAUCACGAAGAUCCUGAACGCUAAGAGCGCGGAGGGAAUCAGCUUUGCGAGUGUUUUGCUGGAACUAUCCGCCAUCACUUCCAGCGCCUCCUACAGCUUCACCCGGGGAUUUCCAUUCAGCGCGUGGGGCGAGGGCCUGUUCCUGGCGCUGCAGACGGCGGCCAUCGCGGCGCUGGUGCUGCACUUCGGGCGCUCUGCCGCGCACGGCGCCGCCUUCGCCGCGCUCUACUCCGUCUUCGUCUACAGUCUCACCUCCGGCAUCGUGCCGCCGGACUUCCUGUGGAACCUGCAGGCGCUCAACGUGCCCAUCAUCGUCACCGGAAAGAUGCUGCAAGUGAUAGCGAACUACCGCAACGGCGGCACGGGCCAACUGUCAUUCGCCACCGGCUGCAUGCUGUUCUUCGGCUCACUGGCGCGCAUCUUCACCUCCAUCCAGGAGACUGGCGACAUCAUCCUGGUGGUGACCUACAUGAGCGCCUUCAGCGUCAACGCCAUGAUCUUCGGACAGCUGAUCUAUUACAACAGGAAAUCCCCGAAAUCCUCGCCGGCGAAGGGCAAGAAGGGCUCCGCCAAGGAGCAGCGCUCUUCUGGCAAACAGCGCGCCAAGAAGGAGUAAGCUGUCCCUCCCCAGGAGUACAUCCGGUUGACUACAGUCCGCGCUCACUCGACACGUCUCUGCACUCUACUUGAAAGCAAACAGGCUCACUUACGUACGGGUUGCAUUCCUUUUGUCCUACAAUCCGUUAACAACCUGUCGCGGUGUAUAGAAAGUUAUUUUUAAAAGAACAGAAGAAAUGUCACUAAUUUCACAACGGCCCUGUACAAGGUUCCAGUACCCAAAAAUUUUUCCUUUAGCAAAUAAUUGCAAUUCCGUAUCUCCACUACAUACAAAGCAUUUUCCCAUCGUUCGGUUGGAACACAGUCCAUGAAGUCACAGUCUCAUGAUAUUGUACCCAGUAUAACUAUGUUCCAGUGCAAGUCUCCACUUUCCCUAAGUAUAUCUGAAGUCUUCCUUUAACAUCGCCCAUUUGUAUAAGGACACUAAAAAUACCGACAGUUAUAAACGUAGAACGUGUGUUGCAAUUUUUUGGGUUGAAAACGAAGAUUCAACGAGGAAAUCGAAACCUUGGUCGAAGAGGUAGUUUUCUCUUGUUUUAUCACGAAUCAAUUCUCAUUCGUUUAACAGAUCUCAACCGAACUCGUUACGUAUUUAUUACAAUACGAGAUUUUUGCAACUCUUUGCCAGAGGCAUUAAAAUCGUCAAGAAGAUGUUGAAUUCUGAUUCAUGUUACUCCUAAAUUUUUAUUUUACCGAAAAUUUUUCUUCUCGAACGAAGGUAGACGUUGUUAUGACAGUCAAGCGGCCAAUUAGUGAAAUGGCAGAGACGACGGGUUACACUACACGCGUUUUUACGCCUGUUGCUUAUGCAUCACGUUGGGCGCUGGCGCCUGACGUGUCACGUGCGUGCAAGGCACUGUCAGUUCGCAAGACUGGUUUCGUCGACAGACUGUACUUCAACACAUUCACUGUACAUCAGCAGUAUCCUCCACUCUACACUGCAUAUCAUCAUAAGUUCCCAGUAUUCGAGGGAUGUCGGUGGGUUGGUUCAUUUAGAUUUUAUUUAUCUAUGAGCAACUUUCAAGAGUUUAAAUUUUUUUUAAAUGCAUAAUUUUUAUUGUGGUUAUUAUGGCAUUUUGUUUGUUUAAUUGCAGUUUGUGUAAACUGAAUUCGUAGGCAUUCCAUGAGGUACAUAAUGAAUAUCACUGUGUUCUGUCACAUUGGAAGUAGAAAGCUGGUACAGACCAAUAAAUCAGUUCAAAGUUCAAGAUCCAUCUAAUUUCGAAUAAAACAAUACAUGUAUAGACACAAUAAUAAUAAAUUAUAUUGUUAUCAUCUGAAUAGUACAACGAAACAAAAAAAGAAGAAACAGGAACUUAUGUGGAGCUCGCCAUGAGAACUGAUAAUUUAGUAGAUGUUGACCCAUUUCAUAUUACAUUAUUCCAUAUUGCUGCUUUUCAAACCUUUUUUUAUCAACUUGGUUGAAUGUUGAGAAAAAUUCUGUAUGUACUGUAGUACUGCCAGUUCCCAUAGUGUAUCAUUUCUUCCCAUUUUCCUUUUUGACAUUUGGAAGACUAACAGUAGAUAUGCUGCUUGAAGUUCGGCUAACUUGAAAUUUUGAUUGAUAUCAGAACUGUUUCGCUUUUCUCUUACACAGAAUUCCAAUCCUCGGCCUCAGCCACAUGGAUGUCUGCUUGAGAAUAACUUUUCAUUGCUUAGUUAGCAGAAAAUACACUGACUGACCAGAAGUCAUUUGAUGGACCUGGGACACGAGUUGGUUGUUAAAUGCCGGAUCCCACACAGUCCAUUCAUCUCCAUACAGCCCUGGUAAAAAUGAGUUACUGAUGAAUGUGGGUUCAAAUCGAUGAUGAUCUGACAAAGCAGACAGUCGAUUGCCCACUAUCGCUCUGCAGUGGUGGCAUAAUAUCUGUUCAUCAGUGACUUGUGUUCGUCCUGUGUAGUGGUUUGUGUGUUGUCUCCGUAGUAUUGAAGGCAUUUUGGACCUCAAAAACACAGAUUUUUGUGUAAUCUUAGAUGUGAUACGACCUACACAUCUUGCAUUGAUUAUCAUCCCUUGUUCAAAAUUGAUGAACUCGCAACAUGCUGUCUUCUACACUACACAACUGCUCAAGUAACAUGUCUACACUCAUGUCAUACGCCUCAAUCAGCUGCAGUUUGUGGAUUUUGUAUAUGGCACAUAUUCAAAUGGGUCAACCCUUCAUGGUACUGUUAUGUUAGUCGUAUGUGGAAAUAUUCUCACUGAUGAGUUACAGUCCACAUGAAGUUUGGAGGGGAGGGGCGGACAUUUCCUUUCGGUCACCUGGGCAUAACCUAAACAAGGAAGAGAAUGGAAAUGUGUUAUGUGAGUCAUUUCAUAAUUAUUAUGGCUGUAUGCAGGAUGGGAAAUGUAACUUGCACAUUCGUUUAUUGAUGAUAUUGCUCCUUUACACUGAGACACACCUGCCUGACGUGAACUUCAGUUUGCCUUGCCCUUCUUUGUUCUGUCAGCCUCAUAACUAUAAAUAUUUUUCAGUUUAUCUAUGCUGUUUAUCAAGAACAAAUGUCAGAACACCUUCACACAUUAUACAGAGCAGACUUACAACCCAAGUGUUUUGACAUUGCCUGUGUCCGUCAUCACUCCUUUACAUAGUACCCAAACCAUUGUGGGAAAUGUGACCUUGUUUUGAAGAAUCAUUUAAUUGUUUCUUUUUGUCAUUGUGUCUAUGUGGGAAACAGUAGUACCAGAAUUCUCAUAAUGGUUGACUAGUUAUAGAAUUUUUUCUUCUGCAGUCUCAGCUGCACUGUAGGUUUCCCUUGGAAUGUUAUGCAUUCUAUUUGUACUAAUUACUUGUAUUUAUAGGGGACUUCAUUCUAGCAUCUCUUUCCUCAUGUUUAAAAGCUAAAGUACUAUUGUAUUUUGUAAUAGAUACCCUGUAAGCUUGACAGUAAGUUUUCUAAAGCAAUAAAAGCAAUAUUCUACAUCCUAUCAUUUUGUAAAGUUGGCGCACCUGAAUGUACCGUGUUAAGAGUAAUAAAUCAGUUCCUUUUGUACCUAGAAAUUAUAUAAUUUUUGAAGAUUCAGUAUUUUCAUUUAGCACUUCAGUGGGAAUUUCAUUUGAAUAUUGUCAAUAAGAUAUUUUAAUUUUUCUAUGCCUAUUAGAGACUGCCACUGUAUGCAAACUUUAUGUGCUUUCUGUCAGGGACCAACAGUUUCUACAACAUUCACAUCAUUGUGGGAAAGCUUUGCGCUAUGGCACCAUUUAGUAAUGUUGUUCUGUCAUUACAUUAAUUUUCUCACAAUAAGGGACAUAGUUUUGAUUCAGUUACUAUUUAACUUUUAUGGAUAAAUGAGAAAAAUGAGGACAGUGAUUAUGUAAUAAUAGUAACUGUACUUAACAGAGUUUAUAAUCAUAGAGCAACACUUCAAUUUACUGUGGUGUUUAACCUUACUUCAUUUUAUAAUAAUUAGAUCAUUCCGUAAUUAUAGUCAAAUAUUUUGUAUUUAGUUUUUCAUGAAAAAAAAUGUGCACACACAUGCAGCAUUUUAUUCUGAGGGAGUAGCAACAGUUCUUCAGACUAAAAUGUUACUUAAUUGAUUUAAAAGUUCUUAUAGAAUAGCAAUGAAUUUUUUUAUCUUUAAUAAUUCAUUUUAACAGAGAGAUGUAAAAUAAUUUAAUUUGUGGCUUGGAAACUGUUUCUUUGUAUGUAGUUCACUGUCAUCACUCUUACAGUCAGUUGGCUAAAAAGUUAACACAGUGUUUUCAAAACUGAAGGUUGUGAUUCAUUAUAUUCAUCACUGCUCUGAAAUGGUGAUUCAUAUGAAGCCAGAAUAAUAAUAUCAUUGGGCCCAUAUACAAUUUUAGAUGUCAUCCAUGCCAUAAGCUGAGGAUAGUGAUAAAUUCCAUCUUAUGUUUCUCAAGCUCCAAAACUGCCAUUUUAAUGUUGAUUUAGUUUUAAGAUCACUACUGUAGCACUUCAUUAAAUUUGUAGGCAUUUCGACUUCAGAAAUGGUAUCAGUCAUUUCAGUUGAGCUUAAUUUUCAUUUGUUGACAGUACAUCACAUUAUAUUUUCACGUUUUUGUCCAUUUUUAUACUCUCAGAAUCCACUGAUCAAUUAUAUUCUGUGUACUUUGAUUUAAAUGUAUUUUACAGACAGUAGAAGAUACAGAGAAUGUGUUGCCUUUAUUAGUGCUACUAACUGCCUAUCAAAUAUUUUAAGAAAGAUUCUAAAUGCACAUUCAAAAGCUAGAAUAUUUAUUUUUCUUGUCAUGGAUUGUGAUGAGUCAUUUCGCUAUAAUGUGACUUAAUCACAGGUAAUAAAAGUUUAUUUUGACUUA